AUGAUAGGUCUCACAGCAGCAUCUUUUCCGCGGCGCAAGCCAUGCGCGACAACAUUCGAUCAAGACGAGAGCUCCAAAAUUGGUUGGCAGGGUGGUGCGCAUAAAUUCGGAGUCAGCGGUGUGUUGGAGGAACGAAUCAAUGGGCAAAUAAAGUCUAGGACACCGAAUAGGACUGAAAAGAGCACACGGGAAAGAGAGCGGGUCGCGCGGGAAACAUCGAGGAAUAGGAAUUUUGAUGAUGACUUUGUCAUUGUUACGGAAUCAGAGUCGGGGGAAGAUUCGCAGUUACCUGAGCAAGAAGAGGAGCCCAUUGAGGAGGUUGAUCUAGUGUAUGUUAUGGACGAUGAAGAGCAGGAUGAUCUUGAGGCUCAACAACAUGAUGGACCCGAUACUCGUUCAAACGGAGUGGAAGAAGCCCAGGAAACUAGAGAGACCGGCUGCGAUGAAUUGGCACUGCCCGAGAAUCAUGAGGACACGAAUAGGGAUACUAUGACUAAAGCGUAUGACGAAAUGACAAGAGGUGCUGUUUCGAUGACAGGAACGCCUAGCAAGAAACGCUCGCGGACGGUUGCACCUAGCGAUGCCACAAGCAGCAAUGAGCCGAUAAGUCCUCAUAAAUACGGAGACUCCGACUUGAGGCCCAUGAAGCGCUUGUGUAGUUCAGACCGUGAUAAUCGUCGGAGUUCAGCUCCUUCCGAGAUGAUAAGAAGUCCGCAUCAAACUUCGUACGCAAAUGAUAUGCCCAACACUGAUGACUUCGAGGGCGCACCAAUGAAGCAAGAACCGACAGGACCGAACUGGAUGCGGGAUGGCAUAGCAUUGCUUCUUCAAAAGUUUGAAGGGUCGUUACUAGAGCCUGAUGGAAGUUCAGUCAGGUGUCUGGAUUGCCCAACAUCGUAUAAAACGACCCUCAACAAGACUUUUGGGCCUGUCGAGACUCAUCUGAGGGGCAAAGGUCAUAUAGCAAAAGUCAAGGAGCGAAUGGAGAAGCAAAGCUACCAUCAGCCCUUCCCACAAAACACCAAGUCAAUUGACUUCAACAUGCUAGCCGAACCAGUUGCUGCGUAUGCCAAUCACGAACGACCGCAGUCAAGCAACCUAUUAGCACAAUUCCUCACCGCAGAACAUCUCGAGAAAUCCCGGGCUAGUCUCCAGAUCGGCAUGAUUCAGCAAAGGCUGAGUGGUGUUGAGCAAAAGAUUUCGCCUUUAGAAGCCCAAAUGACGGAACUUGUUACCAUCUCCAGGACAGGGGAAGAGAAAUAUCAAUUGCUGCUUGACCGCCAGGAAAAAUCCGAAGAGAUAUACGACCGGGAUUAUACUGAUCUCGACUCAAGGCUAGUGAGGCAUAGCGACCGACAAGACGACAAAUUGAAAGAAGUGGAACACACUAUCACCCGCAAAAUAUUAGAAAGCGAUCAACUGACAGCGCUUGGCAUGAAAAUGGACAAGAACCAAAAGGAUAUCGAGGAAAAAGUGAAGGCAUUGAAUGAGAUUGAUGCAAGAUCAAGGCACCAAGUCAGAGAUGAAGUUGGCUUCCUUCAAGAAAAGCUCGAUACCGCCACGGAAGCCAGCACAGUGCAACUAGACGACAUGUCGCAUCGACUAUCACGUCUGGAGCAGAAAGUCGAGGUUCUAAAUGAGGCGGGAGAGAAGAGAGAAUCAGAUAUGAAUCAACUUCGAAAUUUGUGUAAGCGUACUGCCACCGACCUUGCACGAUCGAAAGACGCCGAUGCUGCCACACAGCAAAGAAUCACGACGCUAGAGUCAAACUCUCGAUGGCAUACAGAACAGAUCCGGGCGCGUCAGGUAGCAGAAGAUCGCCUCCGACUAGAACUUGAAAUUCGUCAGGAGGAGGGCAAGAAGCACCGUCAAAAAAUUAUAGACCUUCAGAGGCAGGCUAGCGAGGAACAGUUCAAGCAGACGUUAAUGGAUCAUAUAGCCUCACAGUUUGAGUCUCGGGACGCCAAAUUGAAGGAGAUCGAAGCGCGACAUCAAAGGUAUACCACACUCAACAAAUCUCUAUGGGAACGUUUUAGGCUUCGAAAUACGGAGCGUCAUCGAGCUUCGGAAGAGUCGAAUCGAGGUACACUAGCUAAAUUUUCUGUUCUGGAAGACACGGUAAAAGCUAUCUCGAGUGGAGCACUCGCAUUAGAAACCAAAGUCAACGAAGCAAAUGAAAAUGUCAACGAUAACUUCGAAGAAAAUGAUAGAUAUCUUACAGUUCUUGCAGAGGAGGUUGCGAAGAUACGCAAUGCAUUGGACGGUUUUAGCGAGAAGGCACCUGAAACCUCGAACUCAAUCGGCACUGCUAGAUUGGUCAAAGCUGAAGAGAAUACGGACAUCCAAUCCCGCGUUUUGAAAUUGGAAGAAGCAUUGCAAAAACCAAGCGAAUCCGCCAAUGCGCCACCAUCACAACUACUAGCCCAAAUCCCAGACUUCACAGCCAUCCGCGACAAAUUCAAAACUCUAGAACCCCAACUUACAACCUUGACUAACGCUUUAUUACUUCACACAUCUCGCCUCGCGGCCUUGGAAACAUCUUUGAUAGCAAUGAAACAGGAAUUCCAAGAUCAGAACGUUAACACGUCCACACAAGUCUCGACUCUUACUAAGGGAGUACAAGAACUCCAAAAGAGCAACAGAGCUAUGGAAGAGGGUUCAAAGAAUAUCGAACAGAGGAUUGAGAUGGUCAUUCCGCUUAUUUUUAAUGAGAUCAAAGAAGUUAGAAGAGGCGUUAAUGAGCUUGCUGAGGAGUUGGAGGAUGAGGGGCUUCACGGAGACGGUGAGGAUGGAGAGAUGGAAAAUAUUGAAGAGCUGCAAGAUGGUGUAGGAGAGGAUGUGGAUGAUGGGGCUCGGAGCGAUGAGCAGGACGUGAUGAAAGAAAAAGAAGCGUUAGAAGAGGAGCAAAGGGAGCUUAGCGGAGGUAUGGCGGAUGAUGUGAACGACGAGAAUGGAGAACGAGAAGCUGAGCAAGAGGUGAAAAUGGAAACGGAAGAAGAUGCCACAGAAGACGGUAGAGCCAUGCCGGAAGACGUGGAAGAAAAGUUUGAAGAGAUCCAACCAGAACAAGUCGUCGCCCCAUUGGUGUCUACUCUUCCUGAUACGAGACAUGGAUAUAAGGACCCAUACGAGGAAGUCACAGACGAAGAGGAAAGUGGGGAGGAAGAGGACGACGAGGAAGAAGAACUUAACCCCGAAGAAGAAGAAGAAGAAGAUGAUGAUGAUGACGAUGAGGUUGAGGUUGAGGAAGAAAGCGUCCACAGCAUCAUAAGCGAAAACAGCGACAUGCUCAACGAAAGUUCUCCAGAACCUAAAAGCGUCCUUGAUGAGAUAGAUUCAGAAAGCGUUAUGGACGACGACGAUAUUUCCGACGCAGUUCUACCGAGUAUCGAAUAA